CUGCUGCUCGCUGCCUCACUGCCGCUGCUUCUCUCAAGGUGAACUCAUCAUGGCGCUGGUGUCUGAGUUUCUGGGCCAACUGACGCUGUCGUACGGAGCGGAAGAGGAACCCAAAUUCCCCACCGUGGUGCCGUCGCGGGACUUCGACCCGGCCAAAGAUGCCGCCAGGAUCGAGACGGCCAUCAAGACUAAAGGUGUAGACGAACAGACCAUCAUCGACAUCCUGACCAGACGAAGCUACGAGCAGCGCAGGGAGAUCGCCUUCGAAUACGAACGACUCGCCAAGAAGGAUCUGAUCACAUCCCUGAAGGGGGCGCUGUCCGGCUCUCUGGAGGCUCUGAUGCUGGGUCUGAUGAAGAGCACCUCUCAGUACGACGCCUCCGAGCUCAAAGCCUCCAUGAAGGGACUGGGAACAGACGAGGAGACGCUCAUCGAGAUCGUCUGCUCCAGGAGCAACAAAGAAGUGGCGGAGAUCAAGACGGUUUACAAAGAGAUGUUCAAGAAGGAGCUGGAAAAAGACGUAGCGGGAGACACGUCGGGAGACUUCGCCAAACUGCUGCUGGCUCUGGUUCAGACCAAGAGAGAUGAGCCCUCUAACAUUGUGGACUAUCAGAAGAUCGACGAGGACGCCAGAUCUCUGUAUGAAGCCGGAGUGAAGAGGAAGGGAACCGACGUGGCGACCUGGAUCUCCAUCAUGGCGCAGAGGAGCGUCCCCCACCUGCAGAAAGUGUUUGAGCGGUAUAAGAGCUACAGUCCCUACGACAUGAAGGAGAGCAUCAGGAAGGAGGUGAAGGGAGAUCUGGAGAAGUCCUUCCUCACUCUGGUCGAGUGCUUCGAAAACAGGCAGCUGUACUUCGCCAACAGACUCAGUGAAGCCAUGAAGAGUAAAGGGGCGAAGGAGAAGGUGUUGACCAGGAUCAUGGUUUCACGCUGUGAAGUCGACCUGAUGAAGAUCAGAACAGAAUUCAAGAAGCAGCACAGAAGAUCACUGUACCAGACCAUCGCUGAGCACACUAAAGGAGACUACCAGAAGGCUCUGCUCAGUCUGUGUGGAGGAGACGACUGAAACCUCAGCUCGGUCUGGACUCGGUUUCCCAGAAGGCCGCUGGGUCACUGCUGGCAUUCUCACAGUAUUAGAGCCCUUUGUCGUUUUCAUAUUAAACAGAGUAUGUCGCCUCCUUCUCUCUGAGCAGCUUCUGUUUCUCAAAUAAAAGCUUUUGCCCCUGUUUGUGUGUCUUGUUUGCUGUUCGAUCGAGGGACCAUCAGGGGGCAGCAGAGACACACGGAGAUAUGCUACCGAGCCUCUGUUGAGAAAAUAAACAUCGGCAGAAGAAGAGAUUUACCA